CUCCUGAGGAGGAAAUCACUCCUUUUAUAGUUAACGGAGCUCCGCGGGGCCGUUUUCCGGGUUCACGCGCUCACCCAGCAUGUAGAGGAGGAGACACCUGGAGCUCCGCGGCACACGGCAUCGAUCCGCUCCUAUCGAUCAGCGAUCAGUCAAGAAUGGGGAACUUAAUAAAGGUGUUAACCAGAGACAUCGACAACAACGCUGGAAACUUCUUCCUGGAUUUUGAAAAUGCACAGCCUUCGGAGUCGGAGACGGCCAUGUGGGAGGAGGUGAACCAGGUUCUGAUGGAGGCCCAGGUCAUCCUGGAAGACCUGCAGACGUACAGAGGAGCUGGAGAGGAGAUCCGACAGGCCAUCCAGAACCCUAACGUGGAGUGUGUCCAGGAGAAGGCCUGGUCCGCUGUGGUUCCUCUGGUCGCUAAACUCAAAACCUUCUAUGAGUUCACACAGAAGCUAGAGUCCAGUCUGCAGUGUCUCCUGAAGGUCCUCACCAGCUCUGGAUCCACUCCAACUCAACAUCUGGAGUCCAAACAGGCGCUGGCCCGGCAGUUCGCCCACAUCCUGCACUUCACGCUGCGCUUUGACGAGCUGAAGAUGACCAACCCAGCCAUCCAGAACGACUUCAGCUACUACCGCAGGACCAUCAGCCGGAUGCGGAUAAACAACCUGUCGUCCGACUCCGGGAACGAGGUCAACAAUGAGCUGGCCAAUCGGAUGUCUCUGUUUUACGCCACCGCCACGCCCAUGCUGAAGACGCUGAGCGACGCCACGUCCAAGUUCGUGUCAGACAACACACAAGUCCCCAUCGAAAACACGACAGACUGCUUGAGCACGAUGGCCUGCGUCUGCAAAGUCAUGCUGGAAACGCCGGAGUAUCGCAGUCGCUUCACCAGUGAGGAGACGGUGUUGUUCUGUCUUCGUGUGAUGGUUGGAGUCAUCAUCUUGUACGACCACGUUCACCCAGCUGGAGCCUUCGUUAAAACCUCAAACAUCGAUAUGAAAGGCUGCAUCAGAGUUCUGAAGGAGCAGCCGCCCAGCAGCGUGGAGGGUCUGCUCAACGCUCUCAGGUACACCACCAAACAUCUGAACGACGAGACUACCUCCAAGCAGAUCAAAAUGCUGCUGCAGUGAUGUGAAGCGGUGGACCGGAACGCCGCCGCUGAGGGAGAAGUGUUAUGGUCUGAAUGUCCGAAGAACUACUGAACAAACUUUCAGCUCUUUUUAAGCCUCCUGACUGUUUUACUGUUAUUUUAGAAAAACGUUUUCUUGUUUAAAAGUUGAAACCAAGCCUGUGGAAGAUAAUUACAGGAUGAUCUCCUGCCCCCUGGUGGACAGGUUUAAUAAUACAGUUCUAGCGACUAAGCCUAAACCUCAAACUUAGUUUAACUGAUUUUUUGUCACAAUCUGGGAACAAACGAUGAUUUAGUAUUUCACAGCUCCAAAGAACUGUUGGAUGUUCUCAUGUCAGACGGUGUUGCCUGUAGAGCUACGCUCUAAAACCGGAACAGCGCUCUGACCUGAGGAUCGUCUCAGGGUCCAGUCAUCAGACUAGAAACCAAACGUUUGACCUUUUCUGUUUUACCGACUGAACUGUGACAAGAGGUUCUGAAGUGACUGAUGCUUUUAUGUUCUGUUGGAACAGCUGACUGGAAAUGUUCAGAAGCUUUGAUUUGUGCUGUAUGUGGAUGUUGCCGUGUCAGGGACUGAAUGCAUUCAUCGUUUUUACAUGAUGUGUUUUAGCAAAAUAAAGUUUUUACAUUUUUAA